CAAGUGUGAUUGAGAAGAGGAAGAGAUAAAUGACGUUAUUUGCAUGCGUGGUUACGGUGUCGCAAGCACAGAAAGCAAAAGAAAGUAUUUUUCUAAGAAUACGACUUCCUAUUUGUCAAACCUUCUGUUUUAGCAUAUAAAUUAGAACUAUCCUUGUCGUAUUAUGAAAAAGCAGACAGAGUGCUCAGAACGUACAUAUUGGUAGACAUAUUCAUUUAUAUAAAUUUCAGAGUAUUACGUAUGGAGAAACUACGUGUCGGAAUAAUUGGUUGUGGUCCAAGUGGUUUAGUUACAUUGAAAGAAUUAAUCGAGGAAGGACACGAGGCGGUCAUCUUUGAAAAAUCAAAUGUAAUAGGUGGUUUGUUUAAAACUGUCUAUCAAGAAGGUUACAUGGUCAGUAGUAAUUUGAUAACAAUGUUUAGUGAUUUUGUUGGUCAGAAUGCGGAUGAAUUAUUGAAGAAACCGCGAAUGUGGAGUUUUGUGGAGUAUUCACAAUAUCUGAAUGAUUAUGCUGAACAUUUUCAAUUGAAAUCAUCGAUCCAGUUUGGAAGUGCAGUUCAAACGAUAUGGAAAGAUCUGAAAACGGGUAAAUGGAAAAUGAGAGUGAAAUCAGGUGAAAACUAUGAAGAAGAAAGUGUACAUAUAUUCGAUCGAAUUGUCAUCUGUUCGGGUACACAUCAAACUAGAAGUAUGCCAAAUUUCAUUGGUCAAGACCGUUAUCAAGGUCAGAUAAAACAUUUACAAGAUAUUAAACAGUUUAAUGAAUUUGCCGGCCACAAUGUAUGUAUUGUGGGAAGCGGUGAAGCCGCAUCCGAUAUGACACUGGCAGCGGCACAAAAUGGGAAGUCAUCGUUUAUAUCCAUUCGACAAGAUCAUGGGGUUCUUGUACCCAGAUACAGGUAUGGUCCGCAUGGCCCUGCCGAUUUAAUCACAAGUCGUGUUCACCAUUCAAUUCCUGUUGCCUUCAAUGUAUUUCAUAGUUA